GUGUGUGUGUGUGUGUUAGGCAGUGGAUGGGGACAUAGUGAUGCUCUCAGCGCACUGGGAGAAAAGAAGAACAGCUCUGACUCAACUACAGGUACAGCUGCAAAGCUUACCGACCUUCAUCAGUGAACUAGACGCCAUCACUGCUAACAUAGCUCAUUUGGAAGGCGACUUUGAGGAGAUGGAGAGCAGACUGGUCUACCUGGAGACUCUGUGUUGUCAGUGUGAACAACAGACGGUCAAACAACAUCACGUCAACCAACUAGAAGUCUAUAAGAAAAAGAAGAGGAGGGAGAUGGAGGUGCUGGAAGUGGAACUGAAUUCUGAGCAUGCUCAGAAGGUGGCAGAGCUGGAGCAGGCCAUGCAGCAGAAACUGAAGGAACGACAGAAAGUCUACGAGGAGGCCUUCAACCAGGACGUGCAGCAGUACCUGUCCACUGGAUUCCUACAGCACAGAGAUGUGAAUAUGAGUGACAUCAGUUCAGGUAAGGAAGUGAACAUACAUCUGUAUCUAUGGUCAGUUUGUGUGGUCAUCAUGUCAUCAUUAGAUCAUCUGCUGCAUGUACACCAGGACAAUAUUCCCAGCAAAACUCAAACGGUCCAGAAAUUCUUAACAAAUGUCAUGAUGGAGAUGUCUGCACCUCGUACGGCUCAAGAGUUGCCUUGA